CGCCUCCCACCCUAUGGCAGUACACAUUGACAGAAUUUUAAGAUGCCGCGAUAUUUGAAAUUUCUUAAUAUCAACCCGUCUGCUGCCGCUGUAUUCCAAUGGCGCAGAUAUCUUUCGACAUAGCACACUAGUGUGAUUUUGUGAUCGAUUUAAUUUUGCGUUAUCGGUUCUUUUAUUGGUUUUUGUGAUAUAUUGCUGUGUGAUCUUUGGGAAGGGCUGAUUUUGAGGUAACAAAGAUGAUUUUCAACACGGCUUCUGUGAUAGUUUCUGUGCUGUUGAUGCCUGGAAUUUUGAGUGUUCAUGCACCGGUUUCAAAGUCCGGAUUUGACAAUAGAAAAGAAUACUUCCAAUACGUUCUACUAGAAGAUUCAUCUCCAAAUGAUGAUCCAUGUAACAGAAAAUGUAUCCAAGGAGAACCACCCAUGAUCUGCAAGUAUCAUUUUAGCCUCGAAUGGUACGAUAUUCUCAGUAAGGCGUGUUACGAUUGUCCACAUAAACCUGAAGAUUGUUACCGCCUAGAUUGCGUACCAGGAGAUGGAAUCAAAAGAGCCGUUCUUGUUGUUAACAGGAAACUACCAGGGCCUGCCAUUCACGUCUGUCAUGGGGAUCAGGUAGUAGUUGAUGUGGAAAAUGACCUUGGGAGUGACAGUACCACCAUUCACUGGCAUGGACAAAAACAACGUCGUUUUCCUUAUAUGGACGGGGUUCCUUUUGUGACUCAGUGUCCUAUUCUGCCCCGUACCACAUUCAGAUACCAGUUUAUAGCAGAAGAUCCUGGAACACAUUUCUGGCAUUCUCAUACAGGGAUGCAGAGAGGUGACGGAGUUUUUGGAGCUUUCAUUGUCCAUGUUCCCGAAGAAGAGGACCUUCACAAGGAACUAUACGACUACGAUUUGAAAGAGCAUGUAAUGAUACUCAUGGAUUGGGACCAUGUGACUGGUAUGCAAAAAUUCACAUCCCACCAUCAUAACGAUGGUGACAACAAGCCUACAAACCUCUUAGUGAAUGGUCUAGGAAGGUAUGCAGCAGAUAAUACCAGUUCCCUGAUGCCAACUGCAAGAUUCAAAGUGAAGAAGGGUUAUCGAUACAGGUUUAGAAUAAUUAAUGCUGGUUUCCUCAACUGUCCUAUUCAAUUAUCAAUCGAUAGUCAUACGUUGAAUGUGAUCAGCAGUGAUGGAUAUGACUUCAAAAAUAUGACUAGUGAUUCGAUUGUGACCUAUGCAGGAGAACGCUUUGAUUUCAUCCUGAACGCUGACCAAGAGGAAGAUGUUUAUUGGAUGCGUUUUGGAGGUCUUAUGGACUGCGAUGAACGUUUCACGAGUGCCCACCAAGUGGCAGUUCUUCAAUAUGAAGACCCUUCAAUAAAUGACGAUAUGUAUCCCAAAGAUGUACCAACUUACACCAAAGCACGCAGAGAUGGCAAACAAGUAAAUCCUUUGAAUCAAGGAACCGAAAGCUCUGCAUCAUUCGUAACAGCUCCAGAAAUAGAAAGUUUGCAUGAUUGGGAUGAAAGUCUUAGGGAAACCCCAGAUUUUGCGUACUAUAUUUCCUAUGAUUUCUACAGGAAAGACAAUCAUCAUUUCCAUAAAGCUCCAUAUUACGGCUUCAGCAAUAUAACAAAAAACGACAUGUUGCUCCUCACACCACAACUCAAUUAUAUAUCGAUGAAAUUUCUACCUUUAUCCCUAUUGACGCAAAGAGAUGAAAUAAGAGAAGAUAUGGUUUGUAACGAAACAACAGUCAGGGAUAUGGACUGUAGAAAUAGCUACUGCGAAUGUCCACAUAUAAUUAAUAUCGAUUUGAAUGCUGUUGUUGAACUCAUAAUAAUAGACAAAGGCUUUGCUUACGAUGCCAAUCAUCCAUUCCAUUUGCACGGACAUGCGUUCAGAGUAGUUGCCAUGGAGAAACUUGGUCAGAACACAACUGCAGAAGAAGUAUAUCGAUUGGAUAAGGCAGGAAAAAUCAGGAGAAACUUAGUAAACCCACCUUGGAAGGACACAGUAACAGUACCUGAUGGAGGUUACACUAUUGUUAGAUUUCAUGCUACAAAUCCAGGAUACUGGAUUUUCCACUGUCACAUAGAGUUCCACGCGGAGCUUGGUAUGGCAGUUGUUUUCAAAGUGGGCGAUCAUAAAGACAUGGUCCCAAUUCCCAGAAAUUUCCCAAAAUGUGGGAACUAUUUCAACCCUGAGGAUGAGGUUGCUCAGAAGCCUUGUGACCAAGUAGGUUCGAUCGAGAGUUUCCUGCCUUCUUUAUUCGGCCAAAAAUGUAUUGCAAGCUCUUCUUCUUCAAUUAACGGCCUACAACAAACCUUCCUUAUUUGCUGUGCUUUUCUUUUUCUACGGUACCUGAUUCGCUUAUAAUUAUUUCAAUUAAUUCAUUUGAACAUAGUGUAUAUAGAAUUAUUCGUAGGAAUUUGUAUAUAUUCCGUCAUUCUUCGAAUUCCUAUAGAAAUAAGCCACAGAUCUCUUUAUUGUCCUUCAGGGAAUUCUUGAAUGCAUGUGAGUUCCCUUUUUAAGAAAUAUUGUUAAUCUAUCAGCUGAGAAAAUAUUCUCUAUACAGGUACAAUAAUAUAAAUUAGAUUGCGUUGUGAUUGCUUUUAUAAUUGACAAAUUAGUUGCUUGAAAUUCUGAAGCUUAUUGCAUCAUGCAAACUUGAGCAUGGAAUGACUAUUUCAUCAUUAUUAAACCAGCUAAAUCUCUUCAACUCAUUCAUUUUCAGCAGAAAUAUAAUGCAAUAUCAUAAAUCAAAUAAAACGAUAUGACUUCAAAGAGAUUUUCAUCGAAUUCAAUGAAUUAUUACAAUCAAAUGAAGAAAUCUAGCUAUCAGUCUGGACCAUGAAUUCUAGAACAGAACAUUUUCGAAGUCAUAUUUUUUUAAUGAUCUUAUCUUAUGUAGGAACAUACUGUAAUAUUUCAUUCUUCUUUCAUUAUUCCAGAAUAAUCGUAAUAAAACUUCAAUUAUGUUAUUCUCGCAAAAAAAAAAUUUUAAUAUUUUUCAGCUUUGUAUAAUAUGUUCGCUGGCUUCUGAAGACGCUUUAAAUUUUUUAACGAUACACCAAAUAUUCAGUUGUAGAAUCUUUUUCAGAAAAAUCAUUGGAGUGUAAAGCAUGGUUAUCCGCGUUUUAACAAAAUAGCCUGAGAUGAGAGAAGAACCCAAAGGAACAAGUCUUCAUAUUCGGGUUGGCCCAACAAAACUUUCAAAUUGAGGUUUUUAGUAAUGAAACCGACGUUUUCUAAUACCUAAAAACUUUAUUUUAAUUUUUUUGGGCCUGUUUGUAUGAUUUUGUUUGAAUUCAAGAAAACGUUGAGAAGUUUAUGAAGUUAAUAACGAAUGGCAAAGAGAAAAACCACCAAGCUCGUGAUCUCAACUGAAGAAACAACAAUUUCAAGCAAUUCCUCAAUCUAAUUAAUGUACAAAUUACUUAAUUUUUACUAGUAUUUUCAUAUCCUAUGUCGAUUUUUUCACCAGUGAAACAAUAUCUAUUACACAAAAAUUCAUGUUCAAUCAUUCACCUCCAUAUUCACAAAACGUUGUUUAUUGUAAUCCUUUAGCAGUUUGUAAUGCAGACAUAGAUCUGUAGUUAAAAUUAAGAUGUGUAAAAAUAUUGGUGUGUCCACUGAUUAGAUUUUCAAAUAAUUGUGGGGACUCGACUAUGGCAUUCCCGAUACUUCUCUUUUCUUCGGUAGGUGGCACUGUUUAAUAUGAUUUGAGCGCCAUAGGAAACGAUACGGAAAUAAAGUGAAGUACCGGCAAUGUCCUUAAAUCCAAGAAGUCUAGUGACUACAAAAGUCGCCAGUUUUAGGUGAAACUUUUUCAAAAGUGAGGUGGUCCACUAGUAUUUCUAAACAUUUUAAUAACAUCGCUCAAUCCUGAUCCGAUACCACGAACAAAGCUGAUAAUUUGAACUCUAACUCUGACUUGAAGAGAAUCGAAAAUCAGUAUUUGUUUUUUUAUAGAAAAUGUGAUAUGUGAAUAAGUUUAUACCUAAUAUUGUGAUAUUAAGUUAGUAACAAAUAAACUCAAUCGUUUUCCUAUA